AAAUUCACGGUUAACUUUAAUGAAAAUUAAUUUGGGAGUACUAGGUAAUGCCAGUAAAAGAAAUGAUACAGAUGGCAUUUGAAGACUCAGAAGACAACUGGACGGAUGCAUUGCCGGUAUGCAAAGAGUCUGGAGUAGGAUUUUCUACUAACCAGAUCUACAGGGAAGAUGGUUAUCGCCAAGAAGAUCAUCCAUUUGAAGACAGGUGCUUUCAUUGCAAAUAUGACGAGUCGACAUUUGUCUACGGAAUAUUUGACGGGCAUGAAGGCUCCAGAGCUGCUAAUUUCGCUCUGCAGAGGAUGGCCGCUGAGAUACUGCUGGGACAGCUCAACGGCAAGAGUACUAAUGAAGAAGUCAAAGAAGUUCUCAGACAGGCAUUUAUUUCAGUGGAGAGAGGAUACUUUGAUUCAAUCGGAGAUCUACUGGCAGAGCGCACUAGCUUAAAGUUUGAUAUCCCAGAAGAACUUAAUUCAUACGAAGCUUAUCAGAAGUUUCCGGAUCUAGUGAACAAACUGAACAAGUUAAACCGUCAACUAGCUGCUGGAACAAGCGCAAUUGUCGCUCUAGUCUUUCGUAAUAAUUUAUACGUGGCUAAUGUUGGAGAUAGUCGGGCUCUGCUUUGUAAAACUGACAGUAAUCAAGUGCUGAGGGUUGUUCAGUUGAGUAUUGACCAUGAUUUAAGGAAUGAAGAUGAACUUUUGAGGCUGUCGCAACUUAAUCUUGAUACUAAAUCGAUUAGACAAGGUUCUCACCUGGGUAACCAAGAAAACACAAGGUGCCUAGGGAAUUAUUUAGUCAAAGGAGGAUACAAAGAGUUUGAAGAACUAGCAGCGUCAACGUCAGAGCCAAUAAUAGCAGAGCCAGAAAUCCAUGGUGGUAUUGACCUGGAUGACUCGUGUAGAUUUCUCCUCUUGAUGUCCCGCGGACUGUACAAGUCUUUAGAAGAAGCUACGGGUACUGACCAGGUCAAUAAAGAACUAGCUUUGAUGGCAGUCGAACAGUUCCGAAUUCAGUCCACUCUGACUGGAGUUGCUCAGGCAGUCGUGGACAAAGUGGUGAGGAUUCACCACGAUAUGAACAUGAGUAACGCGCAAAACUCUUCUAAAAAUGGUAAGCGCGAGGAUAUUACACUCCUGGUGAGAAAUUUUAAUUUUCCACUGCCGAAUGCUUUAAAAAGUCCGAGUGGUCAGUCAGUUCACUUCAACCCGAUUAUCCAGACUGCUGUUACAAGUGUCCAAGAAGGUGACUUUUGCACCAGCAAUGUUUCAGAUUUUAAUCCUUCGACGAAUGAUACCACGUCGACGUCCGAAACUUCUUCGGUAAAUACUCGACCGGAUAGGAAUGCUAAAAUUCAACCUUAUGUUGAUUUUUCAGAAUUCUUUGAAAAUUUUGAGAGGCGCAGGAAAGAUGGGACGCUUCCUAAAGAUAUUGACUUUGGUUAAAUUAUUUUGUUGGGUUUUAAAUGUAAAGUGUACUUACUAGAAUUAAAUAAAUUGAAAAGUUUUUU